AUGAGGUCGAAAAGUAAAUAUAUUUGGGGAUCUGUGCAAGUUAUGGGAGUCAAAAGGAUUUUUGAUGAGGAGGAUUUUCAAGAGCUGUCUUUCAAGCAAGCUAAAUGUGUUGAAUGUGAUUAUAAGCUGACUCCAUUUGCUGAGAAUUUUCCACAUUAUGGAACUUCUCCAAAAGUUGAUCUGCGAGGAGAUGGAAGAAACUUUUGUAAACUGCAGUUGUAUGAGGGACUUGAAAAUGACUGCAUAGAUGCUGCUUUUAAUGUAGCUGAUAAAGACUUGGAGACUAGUGCACCUUUAUCAUGGGUAACCAGCAGCAGUGGUGAUGAUAGUGCUGGAUUUGAGAAUACUUCUCGCUGUUCUCAUUUAACAGAGAAUUUUGACUUUUUGGAUCCUAUUCGAGGAUCAUAUCAGUUUGAGGAUGGGUACUCAUCGUUGUUUAAUGAUUUUCCUACGAGAAAAGUUCCUAUUGGACUAACUUAUCAAGCAGAUCUUCCACCAUGGGAUUCUAAUGUUACUAGGAAAGAUUGUUCGGGUUCCAACUGCUUUGUUGAAAGUGAACAAAAAUUUAUGGGAACUUGUAUCAUUCCAAUGCCUGACUUAAAUACUUCAACUUACAAUGAUGUCGAAGUUGGACGUGGCAGAAGAGACUGUAGUUGCCUGGAUGUGGGUUCAAUGAGAUGCAUGCAACAACAUGUAAAUGAAGCACGAGAAAAAUUAAGAGAGACAUUUGGGGACAAGAAUUUCAUGGAAUUGGGAUUUUAUGAGAUGGGAGAAGACGUGGCGCACAAGUGGACUGAAGAAGAUGAAUUAGUCUAUCACGAGGUCAUUUAUUCUAAUCCCUUGUCUCUUGGUAAAAGGUUUUGGAAGCAUCUUGCAGUGGUGUUUCCAAGUCGAACAAAGAAGGAAAUUGUCUGCUAUUAUUUCAAUGUCUUUAUUCUUCGGAGGCGGUCAGUCCAGAAUAGAUCUAAAUUGUUGGAGAUCGAUAGUGAUGAUGACGAGUGGCAAGGUACAGAUGGAGGCUUCUGUCGACUUGAAGGGGAGGAGGAAGAGUCUAUAGUCGAGUCUUUUGAUGAUCAGGAUAUUCACACUAACUGUUUAGAUCUAAGAAGAAGAGUUUUACUACUCCUUGAGGAUGAGGAUGAGGACAGGAAUUCUGAUGGGAAUGAUGAUGUUGGUCAGCGAUAUGCCAUUGAGAUGGAUGAUGGUGCAAGUCAAAUGUCCAGAUUAGAGACUGAGAAGUUGCAUGAUGGCUUCAGAUUUGAUUAUAAACCUUAUCAUUUGGAUGGAAUUCCAAGCAAGAUUGAAGGAGAUCCAGAUGUUGAAGAACUCUUUGGUCUCUCAUCCAAAACCCAAUCCCAGAUGACAGAUUUCAUGGGCUCAGUUGGUCUUGGGAGUGUGGGGCAAGAUAACAGGAACAAAAACGAUCAUAGAAAAUUCUCAAUUGAACUUGCACCCGAGUCAGAGUCAAAUGACUGUUUUGGUUUUGGGUUUGUAAUGGAAUCGUGUGAUGCAAAUGUUUGGAAUGGCACGAAUUCUGAUGGGAAUGAUGAUGUUGGUCAGAGAUAUGCCAUUGAGAUGGAUGAUGGUGCAAGUCAAAUGUCCAGAUUAGAGACUGAGAAGUUGCAUGAUGGCUUCAGAUUUGAUUAUAAACCUUAUCAUUUGGAUGGAAUUCCAAGCAAGAUUGAAGGAGAUCUAGAUGUUGAAGAACUCUUUGGUCUCUCAUCCAAAACCCAAUCCCAGAUGACAGAUUUCAUGGGCUCAGUUGGUCUUGGGAGUGUGGGGCAAGAUAACAGAAACAAAAACGAUCAUAGAAAAUUCUCAAGUGAACUUGCACCCGAGUCAGAGUCAAAUGACUGUUUUGGUUUUGGGUUUGUAAUGGAAUCAUGUGAUGCAAAUGUUUGGAGUGACACGUAUUCAACGGGUCUGAUGAAAUCAGUUGAUCUUUUGCCAACGAGCAAUAUGAUUGAAGAAAUAUUUGGACCCCAUGAUGCUUGGAAGAGUAAGUCAAACAAUGAAAAAAGCAUUAGCUAG